CUUCAAAUUGCGCUAAGAUUUCGUUUCUUUGGCAAUUUUGGGUAAAGAUAUGCAGCUAUAAAAUUACCUUCGAAGUUGGCCAAAGAUUCCUGGUCUAUAAGUUGAUAUCCGUCCCCGAUUUCCAAAGCGACGGCUAGCGCCGCCAGCGGCCGUGUCGUCAACGAGAAUGAAUACGUAGACUCGAAAGUGGACGUGUGUGAAACAGCAUGAAGAAAACGACGGAAAAUGGAGCAACUUUGUAGUUUUUGUGUAAAAAUGUGGUGUACAUUUGUGUGAGAGAUGUGUCGGAACGAGUGUGUAUAAAAAAUAUUCAAGUGAACUCCCGCAAUACGCUAGAAAAUCGUUUGUAAACAAACUCGGCGACACUCUGCCAAGAUGGCUGGACGUUCAAGAUAAAUUCUUUGUCCGUAUGUCAGCAUGAGAGCAGCGCUAUUUGCACCAGAAAGGAGGAUAGAGAGGGAAUGCAUGACAUGUUCAUCCAUCCCCAUCAGUUUGCGACAAAUAGCAGCAGCAACGUAUUUGUGCAACCAAAAAAACGUAAAGCAGAAUAUUAUACAAACGGUAGUAACAGUGCCACAGGUAAUGCAAACCAUCGUGGUGAACUGUCUACGUUCAAUGAACAAGUUUUCUGUGUGAACGAAUCUAAUCUCACUACAAAUAUCAACCAUGCCAGUCCUGGCAAUGGUGGUCAACAAACUUUUGUGCGGACAUCUACCAUUAAACUCUUAGAUACACAACAACGCUGUGGCCAAAAGCGUAAAAAUUGGUCAUCUGAAGGUAAUGGUAAUAGCUGCGGCGACGCAGCUGAGUCUAAAACCUUCAGUCCUUCAGAAAACAUCACCACGACGGCCCACAGCAAGGUUGCUGCGGCCCCGGGGGCCACAAACCCCCAGCCGCAAGGUAAAAGAAGAGGACCCCAGCACAGAUCGGGCUCAGGCGCUGACGGCGACUACCAAUUGGUCCAGCAUGAGGUGCUCUACUCCAUGACCAAUCAGUAUGAGGUGCUCGAGUUCCUCGGUAGGGGCACCUUCGGACAGGUGGUCAAAUGUUGGAAGAAGGGCACAAACGAAAUCGUCGCCAUCAAGAUCCUCAAGAAUCACCCGUCGUAUGCUAGACAGGGUCAAAUAGAAGUGAGCAUCUUGUCGAGAUUGAGCCAAGAAAAUGCGGACGAAUUCAACUUCGUCAGGGCGUACGAGUGCUUCCAGCACAAGAACCACACGUGUCUCGUAUUCGAGAUGCUCGAACAGAACCUAUACGACUUUCUCAAACAGAACAAGUUUAGCCCGUUGCCGUUGAAAUACAUCAGGCCGAUACUGCAGCAGGUUCUGACUGCAUUGCUCAAACUAAAGCAAUUGGGACUGAUCCACGCGGAUCUGAAACCGGAGAACAUAAUGCUGGUCGAUCCGGUGCGGCAGCCGUACCGCGUCAAGGUGAUCGACUUCGGCAGCGCCAGUCACGUCAGCAAGGCGGUGUGCAACACCUAUUUGCAGUCCAGGUACUACCGCGCACCGGAGAUCAUCCUCGGCCUUCCGUUCUGCGAGGCGAUCGACAUGUGGUCGUUGGGAUGCGUCGUUGCCGAGUUGUUCCUCGGCUGGCCGCUGUAUCCCGGCUCGUCGGAGUACGAUCAGAUCAGAUAUAUCAGCCAAACGCAAGGCCUGCCCACCGAACACAUGCUGAACAACGCAUCGAAAACGACGAAAUUCUUCUACCGCGACAUGGACAGCACGUACCCUUUCUGGAGGCUGAAAACGCCGGAGGAACACGAGGCCGAAACGGGGAUCAAAUCGAAGGAGGCGCGGAAAUACAUCUUCAACUGUCUCGACGACAUCGGACAAGUGAACGUGCCCACCGAUCUGGAAGGCGGGCAGUUGCUGGCGGAAAAGGUCGACAGGAAGGAGUUUAUCGAUCUGCUCAAAAGGAUGCUCACCAUGGACCAGGUAGAGCGAAGAACCACACCUGGAGAGGCUCUCAACCAUCCGUUCGUUAGACUGGCUCAUCUGGUAGACUACGCACAUUGUAAUAAUGUGAAGGCUAGUGUACAAAUGAUGGAGGUAUGCCGUCGCAACGACUACAACAACUCAAAUACAACGUCUCACCACCAACCGGCUCAGCAGGCGCCAUCUUUGGUCGCCAAUUUCGUGCCCAAUUCCAACGGAAACGUGACGUUCACCAUCAACAACCAACUGACGAAUCAAGUGCAGAGGCUUGUGAGGGAUAGAUCGGGAUAUGACAAUUUGUACCAGAUCUACAACGGCCGCACCGUCGGCCGGCAAUACUCGGCGACCGCGACUGCCGGCACAGGCGCUGCCGGCGCCGGUAGAGCCGCGGAUCCCUUCCAACAUCAACUCGUCUCGAGCAUCCUGUGUCCGGCGGCUGCGGCUGCUGCGGCCGCAGCCGCCGCCGCGGCAGCAGCUGCCGGCUAUCAGGGCGUCGGAGGAUCGCCGACGAAACACGUCGCGGUCGCCGUGCAACAGCCGCAGUUGCAGCUGCAGCCGCCGAUGCCGCAACAGCAGUACGUGCCGGUCAGCGUCGUCGAGCAGAGCGGCAGGCAGAUGUUGCUUACGACCUCCUGGCCUACCAGCAACCGGCAACAGAUGGCGAUCGUCCCAUCGUGGCAGCAGCUGCCGCCGCAACAUCCGGCCAUCCAACAACCGUUGCUGUCCGAGGCGGAUUGGGGCCGACCUCUGCUGGUCGAUUCCUCAACCAUCCUGCAGGAUCAACGGCCCGUUUUCCCGGUAGACGUCGCCGCCGAAGUGUACAACCCGGCGAUCGUCGAGCAGGUCAGCGGUUGGGGCGCGUCGAGCAAGAGAAGUUCGAAGAACAACCACGGACAGCCGGUCGGAGGGCAUCAUUCGCAUCAUCAUCUGAUGGUGCCGACCCACCAUCGGUCCAUCCAGCACGACAAAAAGGAACAAACGCAACUGUCGCCGGUGAAGAAACGCGUCAAAGAAGGCACGCCCCCGUCGGAACAAUUGAACUACUCGUCGCGUCGCAUGGCGAUUCACAGCCCGCCGCAGAUGAACGCGCAUUGGCCGCAACCGCCGCACCUGCCUCCCGCGCACGCGCAUCACCAGCAGCCCGUCGUCACGUCACACGAUCAUCAGACGCAGACCACGUCGCACCACCACCAUCAUCACCAUGCCGGCGGAUCGGCAACGCACAGUCACCACCAAUCGACGAACACGACGUCGACGAUGGCGGGCGGUCACGGCCACCACCAUCCCACGAAACAGCACACGAUCACGAUCAACGACACGCCGUCCCCGGCCGUCUCCGUGAUCACGAUCUCGGACAGCGAGGACGAAUCGACGAGCGCGGCGUCGUCCGCGUCAGCAACGGCGGCGG